AAAAAAAAAACACUAUAAAGAAGAGGUUCAUGUGUUGUACCCAUGUAAUCCCAGCAAUGAUUCAGGGAUCAUGCAUACAACUUGUUGGCUUAUUCCCAUCGUUCCAGCAUAGCUGCUGAUUAAAGCAGGAAUCCUGGAUCUCUCAGACUCAAAGUGAGGAGGUGGUGAAGAGACGUGGACAAGAAAAGAAGAGGAGUGUGAAGCAAAGACAGAGACAUACUGUCCAGCCUGCAGACAAACAGCGUUUCUCCACAUCUGAGCUGAUCUAAUGAAAAGAGGCAAGACGAACUGAACACGGAUCAACGAACCGAAGCAGCAAUGACAGCGGCGGCAGCUCAAGAACUCGACGAGCUAUGUUUCCUGUCAGCUCAGGCCUUGCCCAGCCUGAAAGUAUCCAAACACUUCCAGGUGCUGAAGCUCCUGGGACAGGGAUCGUACGGAAAGGUCAUGCUGGCCGUGCACAGGAAGAGAGGAACUCCCAUGGCUCUGAAGUUCUUCCCGCGCCAGUCCACCUCCCUCACCUCCUUCCUGCGGGAAUACAACCUCUCUCUCUCUUACUGCACCCAUCCUUCUCUGACGCGGGCCGUGGGCAUCUUCUUCUCCACGCCGUCCUACUAUGUUUUUGCCCAACAGGCGUGUCUCUACGGCGACCUCUACAGUGUCAUUGUGUCAGAGGUUGGGGUGAAUGAAGACUGCGUCCAGAGGGUGAUGUCCCAGCUGAGCGGCGCCGUCACGCACCUCCACUCCCUGGGCUUCGUCCACCGGGACAUCAAACCCGAGAACGUCUUCCUGUGCGACAGCUCCUGCCGCUGGGUGAAGCUGGGGGACUUCGGCCUCACCCGGGCCACCGGCACCACUGUCCGAGCCGUGUGGUACGAGUCGCCCUUCUGCACGCCGGAGGUGGAAGCGGUCAAGACGGCCGAGAAAGAGAUGGAGAGGAGGCUGAGCGAGGGGAUCGAGGAGGAGGUGGAGGACAUCUGGAUCACGGUGCAGCCCUGCAUCGACAGCUGGGCCCUCGGGGUCCUCGUCUACUGCCUCCUGACGGGCUGCUUCCCCUGGGAGGAGAGCACCCGCGAUGACCCCGGCUUCUGCAGAUACAUAAAGUGGUUUGACCGCGAGGCAGAGAUGGACAAAACCAAGUGGAGGGAUGAGGAGGACACUGACAGUUACACAAUCAUGGAGCAGAGGCAGAAAGAAAACCCUCCUCCCUCGCAGUUCGAGGGUCUCAGCCCGUUAGUGAUGACUCUUCUGAAGGAGCUGCUGCACCCCGAGCCCCAACGCAGAGGAAACCCGGAGGAGAUCCUGAGCUACCUGGGGGGGCCGUGGCUCAUGGAGACCGCCAAGGAGGAGAGGAGGAGGGCAGAGGAGGCUGAGAAGGAGGCCAGGAAGAUCCGGGAAACAGGAGGAGUAGAAGAGGAACUGCUCAGGGAGGGAAGAGGAGAAAGAUGAGCUUUGUCUCAGGACUUUAUUUAAAUCAGAUUAUUUUUGUAGAAACGACUCAUAUAAAGGUGCUACUCUUUACAUAUCAUUUGUAAAUAUCUCUGAUCAGGUGUUUUAUAUAUUUCUGCGUGUGCUCAGAUCAUUUAGUUAAAAAGUGAACUGAACUGCUUUAUAUCAACUCUGUAAUUAAUCUGUUUGAAUAAAAAUAUAAUCUUAUCAGA